CGCCCGCGCCGAUUCUGCGCAUAGGCAGCCCCCGAGCCUGUCAUCCUGCAAAAACACAGUUUACUCAACACGCCGCACACACGCGCACCCCCGCGCGCACCCGCGCCGCCGGGCCCCGCGCGCGCCGCCGCGAGCCAAGUUCCGCAGCCUGGCAUGGCUUCGGGGGACCUUUACGAGGUCGAGAAGAUCGUGGACAAGAGGAAGAGCAAGCGGGGGAAAUGGGAGUACCUCAUCCGCUGGAAGGGCUACGGCUGCGCGGAGGACACGUGGGAGCCCGAGCACCACCUGCUGCACUGUGAGGAGUUCAUCGACGAGUUCAACGGGCUGCACCUGGCCAAGGACAAGCGCGCCCGCGCGGGCAAGCCGGCCGCCCGGCCCCCGCGCGACGAGAAGCUGCCCCCGCGCGCCCCCGAGCCCGCGCGGAGCAGGGGGGCCGCGCACAAGCGCAAGCGCGUGGCGCCCGCGCUGGCCCGGCCCAGGAAGGGCUACUCGGCCCGGGCGCCCGCGGGCGGCGACCGCGCCGCCAAGACCGUGUCCUACCGGACUACGCCCAGCGGGCUGCAGAUCAUGCCACUGCGGAAGCCGCAGGACGCGCUGGAGAACGGGGACGCGCGCUCCGAGCAGGGCGAGCCCGCCCUCGGCAACGGGCCGGCCCCGCCGGGCCUGGGCCUGGGCGAGCAGGCGGGCGAGCCCGAGCUGCCGGAGUGCGAGGCCAACCCCGAGGCGCCGGCGGAGAACGGGCUCGAGGGCUCCGCGCUCACCAAUGGCGGGCUGGGCCUGCACGGCGCCGUGAAGAGGAAGCUGGACGCCGAGAAGGAUUACGUCUUCGACAAGAGGCUCCGCUACAGCGUCCGCCAGAACGAGAGCAACUGCCGCUUCCGGGACAUCGUGGUGCGGAAGGAGGAGGGCUUCACGCACAUCCUGCUGUCCAGCCAGACCUCCGACAACAACGCGCUGACCCCGGAGAUCAUGAAGGAGGUGCGGCGCGCGCUCUGCAACGCGGCCUCGGACGACAGCAAGCUGCUGCUGCUCAGCGCCGUGGGCAGCGUCUUCUGCAGCGGCCUCGACUACUCCUACCUCAUCGGCCGCCUGUCCAGCGACCGGCGGAAGGAGAGCACGCGCAUCGCCGAGGCCAUCAGGGACUUCGUGAAGGCCUUCAUCCAGUUUAAGAAGCCCAUCGUGGUGGCCAUCAACGGGCCUGCCCUGGGCCUGGGCGCCUCCAUCCUGCCACUCUGCGACAUCGUGUGGGCCAGCGAGAAGGCCUGGUUCCAGACGCCCUAUGCCACCAUCCGCCUCACGCCCGCCGGCUGCUCCUCCUACACCUUCCCGCAGAUCCUGGGUGUGGCCCUGGCCAACGAGAUGCUGUUCUGCGGGCGGAAGCUGACGGCGCAGGAGGCGUGCAGCCGAGGGCUGGUGUCGCAAGUGUUCUGGCCCACCACGUUCAGCCAGGAGGUCAUGCUGCGCGUGAAGGAGAUGGCCUCCUGCAGCGCCGUGGUCCUGGAGGAGUCCAAGUGCUUAGUCCGGAGCUUCCUCAAGUCGGUGCUGGAGGACGUGAACGAGAAGGAGUGCCUGAUGCUGCGGCAGCUGUGGAGCUCGCCCAAGGGCCUGGACUCCCUCUUCAGCUACCUGCAGGACAGGAUCUACGAGGUGUGAAGGCGGACACCCCGGGCCGUCGCACUUCCCACCGGGCCUGUGUCUCGGAAGUCGGGACUCAGUGUCUGCCCGGCCGCGAGCUUCUGCAGGCGUCCGCGUUCCCUCGGGUUGUGUCCAUUUCCUCGUGUCCUUCGGUUGUUCCUCAUUGGUUCGGUUUUGUGUAGGCAGACGGGAAUCACUCGGCCCUCCCCGGUGCCCCUCCCCCCGCGGCUCCAGAGCUACCGAGGGCUAGAUCUCUCCCCGGGCCGCUGCUGGCCCUGUCCCGGCCCCCCCUCGCCGUGCCCCCUGGCUCAGGCUGUGUCUGCACAGUGCCUCUGAUCUGGAGACGGGCCCCCCCGCCCGCCCCGGGGAGCCCCUGGCUCUGGGGACAGGGGCCGAGCCAGCUGAGGGAAUUCUCAGACCAAUGAGCAAAACCAGUUCUGCAGGGUCAUCCGCUGUCUCCUCUGGGAUGCGAAUCUGUGUGACUUUCAGGGCUUGGUCUUAAAAACCCGAUUGAGUGAUUUACAAAACCCAGAUAUUGUACAUUUAGGGACUUUUUUUUGUUAAAUCUCUAUUUUUAAAAUGACGUAAGUGGAAAUUCUGAUAAUUUAUGUGUAUUAUAUGUAAAGCUAGUUUUGCAAACAACGUGAACUACUAGGAAAACGUGUUUCUUUUUUCCCUUUUGUUGCUUUAACCAGACUUAUUUAAUUUAUUUAUUUGUGUUUAUAUCGGAUGAUAUCUGGCUCGUCGAUACAGAUGUUAUUUUCAUACUGCCCUGGACCAAAUCCCAUUCCAGGUUCACUUGCGGUGGCGCAUCCUAGCAAUGGGCCGCGUGGAACUCACUUUCAGAGACAAACGGAGAGGCUGGCUGGCGCCCGAAGGCCGAGUCGGUACCAGCCCCGCUGCCGGGAAGUGGCUCUCGGCCGGAAUCGCCGGGUACCGAUUCCCGAGGCUUGGGCCUGGGGAACGCCUGGCGGAUUCUCUCCGCUCUACCUACUGCCUCUCAGGACAUCACGGCUCCGUGGCUGGAAUGGCCCCGAGAUACCCCCCACCCGGCCCCCAGGGUGUCACCCGGACAGGACCGUGGUGCUUUCACUGUGUCAAGUGAGGUUGUUUUCUGGGGGGGGCAGAGGGCUUGGACGUCAGGAUGUAUUCCUGUGCGGUGAGGCCAGGCGGGGACCUCGUGGGAAGUGGGGGGAGCCCCCUCGGCUGCCCCCCCCCGCCGGGAGCUGGGGCUCCGGGGCCAUCUCUCUUUCCCUCUCGUCGUCCACUCACCCACGGGAGCAGGAGGCAAGGGUGAGGCCUGGGGGGCCGGGCCUGGGCCCACCCGGGGUCACCAUAAUUAUGGGGAGUCCAUCAGCCCCUCGUCCCAGAGGGAGAGAUUCUGGUUUCUGGUGUGGGUUUUGUUGGGGGUUGGGGUGUUGAGCAGGGAGAGGCUGGUUCUGGUUCUGAUGGUGCAGCUCCUCGUCUGACGGGCAUCCCUCUCCCACCACGGUCCCCGUGCCCGUCCUUCUCUCUGUUAUCACCUCCCUCCCUCCCUGGGAGAUAGUAGAACAGGACAGAGAGUUGAGUUCUGGGAGGUGUGGCCCACUGAGAAGUGUCUUUUUGUCUCUCUCAUCCCCUCCCCUCUCCCGAAGGCCACCAGGUGCAUCGGGCUGGGCAGGUCGGGAGUGUCCUAGCGCCUGAGCUGGGGGUGGCCAAGGACAGGUUAAGCGUCUACCUUAGCUCUGUGGAUACGGCCCCGAGCCAGACGCUGCUUCCCCCGAGGGCCCCACGUUCCUCUGAACAAGCCUCUCCCCUCGGGGGCUUCCCCUGCCUUCGGGCUGGGGGGCAGGGAGGACCCUUUGCUGCCCUCACUGUCCAGCCUGUGCUCCCUUGACCAUCGGGGGGCCACAGGGCAUGGACACUCUGGCUGGAAUCAGCUGAAGGGUUCCACACUCACGUCCAGUGAGCCCCAGUUCACCCGUGUGGGCUCCAGGGAGAGGUGGACCCUCCCGUAUGGAGACGCUACCGGCAACCCCGACUUCUGCCCCAGUGCCUCUCCCCUCGUCUUCACUUGGGGUUUCUCCCCCUCCUUCUAGAAGGCCCCUCUGCAAACCCCCAAGCCAAAACCUGCGUACAUGACAGAAAAAUCUCUUAACUUCUGUAGAGAUAAUUUUUUUAUUUUAUUUUAUUUUUUUUGCUUGUGGGCUUUCUGGGGAAGCCGUGUUCCCUGCUCCGGUAGCUGUGAGUGUCAGGAUUUUCAGCGGAGGAGGAGGAGGAGGAGGAUGUUUUGAAAGGCCUCUUGGUCAUUGUUCUUCUUCGUUCCCUCCGGAAGGAAUCAGUAAGGUUUUACCUGUGGGCCGGAUCAUCACAUCUGACCUUGGAAAUGAUCCGAGGGUCUCUGACGAAUGAGUAGGAAUGUGGGGCCACAACUAAGGUACAAGUGAACCAGAACCUGUAGGUUCUGGGUGGAACUGGACUGUGUUUUAGUUGUUUCCCAAUCAAAGUCAAUUCCAGAAGGAUGUUCCGCCAGUCGGACAAAAGCUCAGUAAGUUUGUUGCUGCAUGAUAGACAGAAUCACUGAAUGUUUCACUCUCUGGAAAGUUGUUUGAAUGAUGUGUCGAGGAAACUGAGGUAGCUGACGCCAGAUCGGCUUGGGUAGGAAACACUGGUGGGUGAAUCCGAGUUACCCUCACAGCUUUCUCAGACAGGCUCUGACGCGCCUUCCUUACCUGACGCCCCCUGCCUCUCUCUAACGUGAGACCCUCUUCCCCUUCCAGCCCACCCGGCACUUCCCAAAGUCUGGGAUGAUCCCUGAGCUCCUGGCCAUUGGCAGCUCCAUCUUGGAAUUUACUUGAGGGUUGGAGGAACCGCUAGGGAUGGGGAGUUAAUCAAGGAACCUUCUAGGCCAACCAUUCCUGGCAGCCUGCCAGCCAUACACACUAGACCCUGCCUUUCUCUCUCCUCCAAGCCCACUCGAUCAGCUUCCGGCCUCUCGUAAUAGAACCAUUUGAGUCCAUAGCCUGGUGGCCAGAAAUCUAUUGCGGAACUGUGCUAAGCUGAUCGGAUCCCUUCCACAUUGACACAGAUCAGUGCCGUGUGUCUCUUCCUCCUUUGAAAUAAAGCCUGCGGGUAGAACGGUCCAUCAGAAAUUAGCCUCUAAGAAUGAAAUGGGGGUAGCGAUGAGAAGGUAGUAGGAAAUUGAUUUAAAAUAUUACUCUUGUUUGGUGUAGAUUAAACUAGGAAACGUUCUCUCUGAAGCAUGAAAAUAGGUUUUUUCCCAUAUGAAGUUUCCCAUAUGAAGAUGGAAAAUAAUCACAAUAGACUUUGAUCAAUGCAACUGUCUCUCUGAAGAUCCCCAUUUAAAAAAUAGCCUCAACUGAAUGCCUCACCUCCCAUUAUUAACUGUUGGUUUAAAAACUUUUGUACACUUUUCUUAAUUUGAAAUUUAGUCAAUUUAGUCACAUUCAUGAAAUUUUCCAGUAGUUUCUGUGGAAAUUUUUUUAACAAAUAGAAACAUCUUCCAAUCUUUCUAAGUGAAUAUUUAAAAUACAGAGUUGCUUCUUUUCUGUGUUUCUGUCUUCAGAUACUGAGAUCUGUUGUAUAUACUAGUUUAGACACUCCCACUAAUAUCCACAGUAUUUAAGACUCUAAAUGAGAUUUCUUAGGUAUUUUAUUUUAUUCUCUGUAAAUGGUUUUUGUAUAAUCUUUAAGAAUCUACACUUUGCCUUUGUAGAUAUUUAAGGGAAACCAUUUGGGGGUUGUCGUGCAUGUACAUUUUUGUUGUAGAUAAGUGUUGCUUCGUUAUUUCUGCUAAUUUUGUUUGAAAUGCUUACAGACUUUAAUACAGUAUAUAUUUUCAGAAUAUAAACUUUUAUAUUUCUGUGGUAAGUUAGACUAUGCGUUUUAGGCAAUCUUUUUCCAUUAAUAUCACUUGUUCUUUCUCAAAACAGCAAACUGGUUUGGUGCCAAUGGCUUUCCUCUUUUGUUUUUUUUUAAAUUUCAAUUAGAAUCUAAUGCUCUUAUAUUGUUAAAGAGCCAGUUCAUUUUUUUCCCUCAAAGUAACUGUUUUAAAGUAUAAUUUGAAAAUGUAUUGAAUUUGUGAAUAAGCCUUACCAUUAGGAUCAGUCAACUUUCCAACCUUUGCAACUACGUAUGUAGUGUAAGAUCUCCACAGAAUUCUCACUGUGUGGCAGUUGAUGGAGUUUGUGAACAGAGCCUUAAGCUUGUUGCAAAAAAAAAAAAAGAAAAAGGAAAAAAAAAAGAAAGAAAAAGAAAAAAAGAGAAAAAAAAAAGCAAAAAGGGUAAUACGGGUUGUUUCUUCCAAACAGAGCAAGCCAUGUUGAUGGAUACAGUCUGAGUCAUGGCUGGUCGGAAGAGUUUGGUUGAGUUGAUGGCAGGGGCUACGUAGGCACCUUGGUACUGUCUUUGGCUGGACGAAGGACCAAGAAGAGGUUUCUAAGCCACCUUCAUACUGUACAGACAGUGUAGACACGGCCGCGGGUCAGGCUACUGGCUCAGCUCCUGUUUGGGACAGAUGACAUUUCCUGCUCACCUUGGCAGUGGACCCCGGCUUGCUUGUGGGGGUGUGGAGCCCCAGUCUGGUCCAGGUCAGCUCUCCUUGAGAGGUACUAACAAAGUUUACAUGAGAGUCUUACUGUGUAGACAAUCUGAAGUCCACUUUAGUCUCAGAGUCCACAUCCCCCCGAGCCUUGAGUGUCUAUCAGAGAACCAUGUGUGUUCAGCCAUACAUACAGGCCCCGUGUCACAGGGCAGAGACAGACUAGAGGCAGAACAUGCUCACACAUGCGCCCCCCCCCCACAUGCAUACACAAACACACAUGCACACACAUGCACAUCCACAGACACACAUGCACAGGCAUGCACACACUCUCAUACACAUGCACACGCACAUGCACCCACAGACACACACACACGCGCGCGUGCACACACUCACACAUGCUGAGGUUCUGGUUGGGCAGUGCAUACACUGUGUUUCGGGUCUACGAAAGCCAGUGGAGUUGGCGUUAGCGUGUUGUUUCAACUGGGAUUCCCCGUGAGCUUGGCCGCGCUUUCCCGGUGACCGACAGGCUCUCAUGGCCAAGGCCUUCAGGGUGAUCUUGAGAUGGGGCCGCUGGCGAGUCAGGUGACUUGGCUCACCCCUGGUGUCCGGGCCGAGCACCAGCUCUCCGCCGUGCUCCACGUGUUUGCUGUGUGUGUCCGUGUGUGUGUGUCCAGUGUGUCUGUGGGUCCCCCACAGCCAGCCUCCUCGGCGACCCUGGCCCAGUGCCAGGGCUCCUGCAGGUGCCUCGGGGCAGUUUGGAAGGUCUCGCGUUUCCCACCUCGUGUCGACUCGUCCCUGUGCCAUUAGCCCCAGCCUGAUGUCACUUGCCGAUGUCCGUGCUGGCAGGAUUGUGAAAAUAUUGCCUUUCCGAAAACCAAGGACCAAAGAAUUCCAUUAUUCAGCGCAGCCUGGGGGGGAGAGGUGGGAGGCACCUCCGGGCGCAGAUGUGCGCGGCCCCCAGAGACACCGCUUCCUCUCCCGCCUCCUGCCGCCCCCGACCGCCACCCAGAGGGACCGGGGUGGGGGUCCCCUAGAGCAGGCGUGCCAGGUGAGUUUCUCCCCGGGAAGCGCACUCUCCGAGAGGGUUUCUGCUGUAGUCCCAGCCUUCUCCAUACCGUGACGAGCGGAGGCCUGGCGUCCUUUCAGUUUCUCUGGCCAGGUGGACCACCCGAAAGGUGAUCUCCCCGGCGGGGGUUGUUCAGGUGUGUCCACGCUUGCUCAAGUCCCGCGUGAUUUUGUUCUACACCAGCCUAUCCCACUUCCCGCUGGGCCUGAGACUUGUCUCCUCCGGUCCCCCCACGCCCGGUGACGCUCCAUUGUCAUUCAUGACGCAGCCAUUGAUCCGUGCGCGGGUUGAGAAAGGAUUGAUGCUGAAGAGUGUGGCGUCCUCUUGGUAAGGCUUAUUACCAAACUUCUGAUAAUGAAGCAGGUUACCAAAAACGUCCCCGGCCCACCCUCAGAGUGUUUGGGUUUGACCCUGGAUGCGGCACACACACCCAAACCCAAGGAGACCUCCGCAAAUUAGGCUUGUCGGUUUCUUUUGCCAGGUUAUCACAGGAGUCUUUCACCAGUUCUGGUCUUUGUAAGUAUGAGUCCAUAGAGUUACCAAGCAGAUGUAACUGACCCUUCCUCCCCACGCUGUAAAUAUUCCCGAGAUGGGGUGCCGUCCUGAGGGAUAAUAAUCUUCUGAUUUAUCAAAUGCUGACUGUCUAGAGCAACUUGUCCACUCUUUGUGAAUGGUCCUGUAACGUGUAUGAACACAUUUCUGGGUGCCUUAGAAGUUGUAUUUUUCAUGUGUGCUAAUAUGCAGUAUUUAUACAUUGUGAGAAGCUGCUUUGAAUAAAAAGGUUGAAACUUAAACGUC